CUCCUGGACUAAUCUCCAUCUUUGUCUCUCUUAGUCGUUUAUACGUUUGGUGUUCGUGAUUCCUCUUCUGUUCAAGUAUCAUUCAGCACCAUUGAACGCCAUGUCGCGAGAUCUCCCUUCAGUCCGAGCCAGCCCCCACUCAUUUGCCCAUGAUGCGAGGAGAUUAAGAUCGGUACCUACGCACGAAUCUGUUCCUUUCUCUCUCGCAGGUCCGAGAGUUAGCCAUCCUUCCAGAGAACAACGGAGUUUUGUCAGUCAGGAAUAUCAAGAAUCCUGUCCCGAAUAUGGACAGCCGCCUAACGAGCCGAUCUGGGGUUUGGCGGCACCUUUGCCCCGAGUCAGGCGUCGAGGUAUGCGGUCUCCAACCACGAGACUGGAGGGAGAAUCCACAGAGGAGCCAACACGAACCCGGCGGCAUGCUCGCGAGCCAGCACAGCAACAAUCGUCCACUGGAAUACCCCCAGCACCUCGGAUGGAGGCCAGCCCUCUCAGGCACGGAGAGCAGCAACAUGACUAUCCGCCCCGGAGAAGUGCUGAUACUCAAACUUCUACUCGGGGGCCAGAUCUCCUUCGUCGAGCAACCACUGCCAAUGUCUCCUCAUAUCUUAGCGAUCCAAUUGUCCCGCACAAUACUGUCCAACAACCUGGCAUUCUCAGCGCAGAAACGAGGCGGAAGGAACGCGAACUGGUUGCUGAGAAUAUCAGUGCACACGACAAAGCCCGUACGUCAUCUACAGAAGGACAGAGGGAUGAGGAAAUUCAAGGGACCGGUACCCACGCCUACACGUCUCCGAGCGGCUCGACGGCCCAUGAUUCUUCCAUAGAUCGGACGCAAGAGUUGGUCGUUGGACACGAACUGGAACGGGCCGUGAGGAGUGAGUCAGCUGUUGAAUCGGCCCGGCGACGACUACAGCAACUUGCAGACACGGCUGAGUACGAAAGUGGCUUGCGACAGUGUCCACCGAACAUUGACUGGGAAGAAUAUCAUCCCUCAGGAGACACGUUGCUAGAACGGUUCUCGCAACUGCAUGACCCCUCUCGCCCACGAUUCUACAAUGCCUGGGGGCCCAUACGGCAGAAAUAUCGGAGGCCGUUCGCCGAAUUUCUCGGCACCCUGGUCUUCAUGACGCUGGGUCUCUCGGGAUCUAUCGUUCACAUGACCGCGGGCAGCGACUAUGGAAGUCUCCUUACUGCGUACAUGGCAUGGGGGUUUGGCGUGAUGAUGGGAAUUUAUAUUGCAGGUGGGAUCUCUGGUGCUCAUCUGAACCCCACGAUCUCAGUCGUCCUGUCCAUCUUUCGUGGCUUUCCAUGGCGGCUCUGCUGGCAAUAUAUUGCCGCCCAGUUCCUUGGCAGCAUCACCGCGGCGGCACUCGUGUUUGGUCUCUACAGUGACGCCAUCGACCAGUACACGGCUUCAGACAUUGCGCGCGUCGGACCUGCCUUCUACACGCAACCCCGUGGAGGAUUGAGUAAUGUCGCUGCCUUCUUUAACGAAUUUGUCGCCACCGGGAUCGCAGCCUGCUCCGUGCUCGCACUAGGGGACGACGACAACGCACCGCCGGGAGCAGGUAUGCAUGCAUUUAUCAUCGCCCUACUGGUCAUGGCUCUCUCCAUGGCCUUCUCCUACAACACUGGCGCAGCUCUCAACCCUGCGCGUGAUUUCGGGCCCCGUCUGAUAACAUUAAUGGCGGGCUCAGGUAUCCAUGUGUUCACCCAAGAUAGUUGGUGGUGGAUUUGGGGACCCUGGAUCGCUACGCUCACUGGUGGACUCGCGGGUGCGAGCGUUUAUGACAUUCUCAUCUUCAAAGGCGGAGAGUCUCCCAUCAACUACCCCAGCGGCGCCUUAAGGGUGGAAUUGAAUAGCUCAUGGAAGGAGAUAAGGCACAAAUCAAAGAUAGGACGGGGAAAGGAUAGCACAGGGGAUGUCAAUAAGGAGAUCAAUCUUGUUGCUUGA